AUGGCAAAACCUAUACAAUUAACAUCACAUCCAAUGGCUAAUUAUCCAUUAAAAGUCUUAUCACAACUUAAAAAAACACAUAAAUUUGAUAAAUUACCUAAUUUAAAAAAUUUUCCAUCAGCAAAUAGAAUAGCUAUAAGUAAUAAUAAGCUUCGUAUUGCUUGUACAUCAGAUAUAUUUGAUAAUACAACAAAAUUAGUUGAUUCAUGUCCACAAGCUGAUAUACUUAUUAUAGCUGGAAAUAUUUCACGUUAUUCAAAAUGGAUAGAUAUUGUUAAAUUUCGAAAAUGUCUUGAUGAUUUACCAAUAAAAUAUAAAAUUCUUUUACCAGGAAGUUCAGAUAUUUGUUUUAAUUUUGAAAAUCUUACUAAUGAACAAACUAAACAAUGUGAACGAGAUAAUAUAAAAAAAGAAUUACAAUUACUUGGAUUAAAACAUGUUUCACAAUAUUUAAAUAAUGUUAUUUAUUUACAAGAUAUGGGUGUUGAAAUAGCUGGUGUUAAAUUUUAUGGAUCACCAUGGGUAUCAACUAAUAAAACAGCUGCAUUUUAUUGUUCUCGUAAUAAUAUAAUGAACAAAUGGAAUCAUAUACCACGUGGAAUUGAUGUUUUAAUUACAUGUCAACCACCAUUAGGUCAUGGUGACGCUGAUUAUAUUGAAGAACAUUUAGGCGAUGUUGACCUUCUCGGAACAGUAGCAUGUCGAAUUGGACCAACCUUUCAUGUAUUUGGAUAUAGUCGAGAAGAAUUUGGAAUAUCAUUCAAUGGAUAUACAUAUUUUAUAAAUGCAUCUAUGUGUACACGUUCUUAUAAUCCAUCAAAUGAUUUAAUUGUAUUUGAUGUUCCUAUGCCUGAUAAUGCAUCGAAAAUUUCUCCAAAUAUAAAUUAUUUUACUGGACUUAUGUAA